UGCCUUACUUACUAGCAAGAGCAGCGUGUGUAAACGCCGAUACUUUUUCUCCUACAAAUACAGUGAAAAAAGUAAAAAUAUAAUAGUCUAAAAUAUUUGCGCCUUCGAUUCAUCUUGUCCUUUUUGUCGUCAUCCAUCUCUUCAUAGUCGCCAUCGUCGUGGUUGUAAUCUUGACCGCCGCCGAGCGCCUUCGACGACGUGGCCGACGCAGAUCUUGCUGACGCUUCUGUUGCAGCUGAUCGUGAACAGGUACAACAGAGGCUUCAGCAACAACAGCUCUUAAAGCCAUGUAUGUGUACCUAAAUUAAGAAACGGCCUAAAUAAUUCACCAUAUUGUUAUUCAACGCUCAACAGUUAAAUUAUGUUUGUGGUUUUACUCGGCGUGCACUGAACCUACUCAGUCUUCCCUCGUAAAGUAAGAAAGAUCAGGUCACUACAUAAAAGCUCAUAUUUUCUUGAUUUCUCUGAAGCUCAGUCCGCUGAUACUUCUGAGUAUGUAUAUCUUACUUAGCAUCAUGCGUAAAUGUCGUGGUGUUGGCCGCCGCUGCUAUUGACCAUCAACAGGUAUAGCAGUAGCAACAACAGCGGCAGUAGAGCCUAAAAUGCGUGGGGCUGUGGAACAUGCAUGCCCCAAUGUGUGCGCUCGAUUUAACUGACUUAACAUUGCUUUAGCUGCCGUCUUUGACUAGUUUAGUCUUGCUCGUGGCGGUGCCUUAACUGGUGGGCCCCCGGCGAUGGCCCGCUACCCACGGGCCGGCUGGCGGACAAAAUCCGUCGAAAUUCGCCUGUGGCUGCGGAGAAAGGAGCGAAGGGAGGGCAACGGCAGGGGGAGGAGAUGGAUGGGGAUCUCCGGUUGGCCAACCAGUUUGCCGUCUGUUUCGUUAGUGAUAGCUCUAGGGCUGGUGCGACGGCAGCUGUUACAGGUAUCUAAAAUUGAACACAAACGAAGAAGAUGGGGCGAAGCACACCAAAAGGGACGAAGAGGAGGAAGCACUUCGCGGCAUCGAUAGCACUAGUAGUAAACUCGUUGUCGAAGCAAAGCCAGCAAUGGCCGCCUGCAGUACUGACCGCGCGGUAGUCGACGUAGAGACAUUCCGCUGGUUGCCGUUUGAUGGUGCUGCUGCGGUUUAUGCUGUUACGGCCACUACGGCCGUUGUCUUUGUCUGUCUUCAAACAGUCGAAACAAACAGGCAAUCAAGUUAGCGAAAAGGGAACUGUGUUGUUGGCACUGGCGCUGCUACCGCCACCGCUUAUCUUUUUUGUAGUGAAUCCGUUCGUCUGAAACUUGUUGCUGUGCCGCAUCGCGCUGCGUCAAGGAUGGUAACGACUGUGCCUCAUAGCAGACACCCGGCUGUCGGUAACUGUCGGCCAAUCGCCCGAUAGCUGCCGUCCUACCAAACUCGAUUAAGCUAAACCAACUAAUAAACUGCAUAGAACCAAAUGGAGGAUCAAAGCGAACCAAGAGCUCUACGUGGCUCAGAAACCCGCUUCGCUAUACGGUUAGUUACUGAGACGAACGGAGCGUCGAAUAGCUAUAUCUAGUCAGUUAACCACCUAGGUCACCAAACGUCACUGUAUAUUCUCCGUACGUUUACAUUUGUGCACCACCUUAGCUAUUGUUACGGUCCUUACUCUUCGAUUGCCACCGAGCGCCGUGAUGCAAGAAUACUUAUAUGCUGCAAGCAGCGACAGGGCGGGAGAGACUUGCCGUCAUCGUAGCUGGGGACGAUUUCACAUAUCGCACGCGAUUAUACACACUUACGUCCCCAAAGACCCACACGUGCCUAAGACAGACACUCUUUCACAAUGCGCUAACGCACGCACGCCAUGGCCUGUAACGAGCAGACCCAGAAGCCAUCUAGCUAUUAGAAUCAUCAUUCAUAUUGUAAGUGUACAAAUUAUUCUAUAUUGUUACUGACAGUGACAUAAAUGUAUCAAUGAUUGGUUUCUAAUAUCUACUUCCUGUGCUGUAUAGCUUCUACCUAUUGCUGUUACCGAUGGCCGUUAUUGAGGAGCCUGAAAUAUCCAUCAUGGAUAGAUUUCGUCGUCGUAGGAAGAGUUAUAGUCGGUCGACUUGUUCGUCUGCAGCGUGGGCUGCUGUUGCUGUCUGCUCGCCUAUAGAGAGAAAGGCCACUCGCUUUUAAGGCGGUAGAAUGAACUUCAGAAGAAGAACAUCGGGUCGGUAGAAGCACGUCGCAUCAAAUUUAGCAGAUGCUAUUUAGCGAGAGGCAAAAGGAAGACUGACGCUUUCUGUGCCGUCUGUAACCCAGCUGUCGGCAGACAAAACGAUGUACUUUGACCUGUUCAACCGUGGAGGACACGGCUAUAGCUAUACAUAGGCACGAAGGUAAAAAUCGAACUGAAUUUCUCAUACCCAGGACAAUUCCUUUUACGUUACGUAGUUAAUACGUGACUGUACUGAUUGCACAUCGGCAUUUACGCACACGCAGAGGCUUACGCUUAAUAUGCAAAAUUCAAGCUGAAACACUUCGUACGUCGUAUAACAGCUUGCGCGUACGCGUUCUGGCCAAAUGAUUUGAUGCUUGGUGUGCCACCGAGAGCACAAAUUCAGAAUACCACGAAAAACGUGGAACACUGCCCAGCGCAUCCCUAGCACUUCGCCCAGUUUCGAAUAAGGACGAACGACAUCGAAAAACUACGGGCGCAAGGCGACCGCGUCAGUCAGAGACAGCUGUGCUGGCUUGUUUUCCGUCGUCUCUCCUAGACUCCAGAAUGAAGGUUCGACCGAAAUAGUGGAGACCCGUGUGGAUCGCUAGGUGGCCAGGAAUUGCCGUAAGAAACUGAUCGAGCCGCUGUCAGCUGCAGACUCGGCGGCGUCGGCAAGGAAUGGAAUCGUGCCAUGAGCCACCGAUGGACCCGUCUUCCUGUCUUCCUGGUGCACCGAAGAGGGCGACCAUUGUUGCACGACUCAAACGCCGCUUCGAUGGAUUACGCAAUCACCAUACUCAUAGCAAUGCGCAUUACCAACAGAAUGCCGAGUAUCAGAACAACCAGACGCGUGAGCACACUCUGCAGUUACAGCAGCGUUACUGCGAUCCGAAGGCGAAAAAAUCGAAGAAAGACAAGGGACCGAUGGCGACCGCCGGAGCUGGCGGGAUUGCGGUCGUCGGUCAUCCAGGGGCAGGUCCGGGCGGUCUUGGUGGACCUAUAGGAGAUGCGAUGGCAGUCCAACAGAGAAUGCUAUCGCAAGGUGCAAUGCCAGGAUCCAUGAUGGGCCCCCAGGGUUCGCAUCAGCAACAGCAGCAGCAGCAGCAGCAGCAACAGCAUUUACAGCACCUAAGCAAUCCUCAGCAGCAACAACAACAAACACAGCAGCAGCAGCAGCAACCACAGCAACAACAGCAACCAGAUAGCAGUAAUGGGCACAAAAUGAUGCAUAUGCAAGCAAAACUCAAAGCGGAAAUAGGAUUAGGCUCGCCGAUGGCGCAUACGCCUCCACAACAACAAGGACGGCAGACACCACAAAGUGAUCGACUAACGCCAGGAUUGGACAUAAAGUGUUCUCGCAGUAGUACUCCAGAUGCACGGGGAUGUGAUAAGGGCGCGUUAGAAGACUUGCUUAAAGGUGCACCUCCCCGUAUUAAACAGGAACAUUCAGGAAGCAACAUGGACGGUAGAGCGCCCUUCCCAGGAAGUAGCUUUGUCAAGCCAGAACCACAGAACUUCGGAGGGCAAAUGGUAGCCCCGCAACAGCAGCAGGUGCAGGGUAAUGAUUUCCUGUCAGAUUUUGCCGUCGAUUCUCUUAAUCCUGACGUGUUCCGAGAUCUCAUUCUCGAGGUAGCGGAUGGAGCUGGCGGUGACUUCAUGGCCGAAUUUAACUUCGCCGACGUGAACUCCUCGACAUUUGAAGCACCUGGGCCACCUGUUUCGAAGGGCCCUUCUGCCCCCCAACAGGCUCAGCAGCCUGCACAACAGCAAGGGCAUCCAUCUCAAUCGAACCGCCCUGUGCCAAGCCCUCAAUCGGUCCCUAGCCCAGCGGGGCAAAGUGGCCCCGCGAGCAAUAGCAACACUGCCUUUGUACAUAGUCCACGACCGCCACCUUCGCCACAGACGCAGUUUGGACCUCGUAGCACUGAUUCUCCCAGUCAAAGUCAAUCUGCCACGACGGCUUCGUAUCCAAUGGCGUCGAGUCCUCGCGGUGCGACGCAGGCACAGCAAAACCAGAUGAACCAGAUACCGCGAAGUCCUGCCAUGAUGCCAAUGGGCAGUCCUCGUCCUGUUCCUAGCCCCCUCCCACCUCAUAUGAUGGCGUCCGCUGCUAGUCCACAGCAACCUCAGCAAAAUCAACAGGGUCCACCUCCUUCACAACAAACUGCCAGUAAUGCCCAUGGGUCAACCAUGGCAAAUAAUUCGCAGGCGAGAGCCAGUCCUGCCCAAGGAUCUGGAACCGUAGGGUCAAAUAUGCCACCCGGAAACUAUUCCCAUCAACAAGGACAUCCUCAGGGACAUGCUCAUCAACAAGGCCCACCACCCGGAGCCAGACCGCCUAUGUAUCCUGGUCACCCGGGCCAAGGACCCAUAGGUGGACCCAAUAACACCUCUCGAAAUGGGCAAGCUACACCUCCAAUCGGUUCAGGUGGACAUUUCGCGCCUGGACAACAGAACGGUCCAGCGUCGCAAUCAGGAGGGCCUGCAGCUUCACUAUCGCUCAAGCAGAUGGCGGAGCAGCAUAAUAAACCCAUGACGCCGCAGGGACCACCGCAAGGGCCCUAUCAAGGCGGUCCAUCGACUGGAGGAGGUCCGAAUGGCGGUGUCAGGCUUCCAAACCAAGCGACCUACCCGCUGGCACAAACGGGUGGUCCUUACCCCAAUCAUAGCAAUGCUAUGGUUAUCCGUCAACAGCAACAACAGCAAUCUAGUAGUAACCCUAUGUACGUGCAAUCAGGCCACCAUCAGCAACAACAACAACCUCAACAACAGUCACCUAUUCAGGUCAACAUCACGGUGGUGGGAAGUGGAGUCGCACAGCAGCCAAACAUGCCGCAGCAACAACAGCCUCAACAACAGCAGCAGACAGGACAUAUGAUGCAGCUACCUGGUGGAAGCAAUGGUGUUAACCCUAUGAUAAACCCCAACCAGAUGGUCCAACAGCAGCGGCCACCGCAACAACAACAAAUAGGGGCGAACUCACAAUUGCACCAGCGAUUAUCGGAACCCAUGCGGCAAAUGGGCCCUGUCGGUCCACAUCAGGGUCCCAUAAAACCCGGAAUGGGACCGCAAAUGUUUCAGGGUCAACUGGGGGUUCAAACGCAACAGAAUCUCCCACAAGGCCGGGGGCUAAUGGUUGGAACAAGCGGGCCAAGCGGGCAAAGCAAUCAGGGAAGCAUACAACCAUCUCCAAUGGGUCAAGGACCCCCUCCAAUGUACAAUCAGCAACAACAGCAACAGCAGCAGCAGGUCCAUCAACAACAACAACAGCUGCAACGGUUACAACUAGCGCAACAAGUGGCCUUCCAGAACAGACAAAUGCACCAUCCUUCGCCUUCUUCGUCUCAGCAACAACAACAACAGCAGCAGCAGCAGCAGCAGCAGCAGCAACAGCAACAACAACCGAGACCUUCGAUGGCCGCUAACCACGGCAACGUCGCCGUUGUAAAUCCUUUACAACAACAACAGAUGUCACAACAGCCAGUGAUGAACAACCAACGAGAUCCAAAAAUGUCGCCUCUCAAUAUAUCUUCGAACCCGUCAUAUGCUGAAGCUUUAGCCUUUAGCAGUGGAAACACGACCAGUGGAUCAGUGAUGAUGCAAAAUGGCUCCGGAGGGCCUAUGGGACCACAGGCAGGACAGUUUCGGCCAACGGGUGGGCCUCAGGGUCCUGGUCAUCCAGGGCACUCAGGCGGACCAUACCAUCGAUUUGCUGGUGGCCCACCUCCAGACUAUAAUAAUGUCGCUUCCCAAAGGAUGCCGCCACGGCCAGGAAUUUUUGGGACUCAAGCUGUACCGCAAGCGCCUCCUAUGCAGGGUUCGUGGCGACCGUCAAAUCAGGGUAUACAAGGACCUGCUAUGGGAGGACCGACUAUCACUCAUAUCCAGAACCACCAGUCACAGCAGCAACAACAACAGCAUCCACAACAGCAGCAGCAGCCGCCACAACAGCAGCAGCAACAGCAGCCGCAGCCACAGCAUACUCAGCACCCACAGCAUCCUCCAGGUCCACACUUUCAACCGCAACAUCAACGGGUACAACACCAUUCGAUGCAGCAACAGCACGUCACGCAUAUGCCGCUACAACAACAACAACAACAACAGCAACAGCAGCAGCAGCAGCAUCAACUAGGUGCUGGUAUUAUGCGACCCAUGGGUUCCGGCGUUUCUCAAGGAAUUCCUCAAAGUGCGCCUUCCGGACCAGCUAAUCAGUUUCCUAUGGCGAACAGUGCGACGGGCCCCCGAAUAAACCAAAACAGUUCAAUGAAUACUUCAAGUGGAUCGAUUGAUCUAAACAACCUCGACUUCCUCGAUUCAUUGGAUACGGCAGGCGACUUCAACUUCGAUUCGACAGGCGCAAAUAUUCUUGAUGACGUCCUUGGGACAGCCAACAGAUGAGGAACAUAUGCAAUGGUAUCGUUCUUAGCGCACCGGUUGGAUUAAGGCUCAAGAGAGCAGGUUGCAAAAUUUUUGUGCCUAAUAGGUGUCGCCUAGCCUAGUACGAAUGAUAGACGAUGUGCUGGCCCUGAACCCUAUCUCUCAGUCAAUCCAAAGUCAACAAUUCAUACACGGCAGCUUUCCUAUAGUGGCUGUUCGAAACGCAUCUCAUUUUAAAUGUAGCCGCGUUUAACAACGUUUUAGGAUGGCUAGUCCAGUGCACUCUCGCGAUUCUUGUUGUUGUUGUUAUAUGAACGAAUCUUUAUGAAAAACUUCAUUGGAAGAUCAUGGUAGCAGCAAGUUACUCAGUUCUCAUCGUAUGCAACUAAGCAAUAUUAAGUUAAUUGUCAGAAUCACCUGAUCUGUUGUACAGGAAGUUUUUGGUCUGUCAUUCAUCUACUUGGUUUGAUGGAAGCUCUUAUAGAAAUCAUUUUCAAAGAAGGUAAAUAGCCAAAGAGAAAGUAGUUCUAAUAUGUUUACAUUAUGUUUACGGGAUUAAGAGCAGAAUGGGAAACACAUCCGAUUCCGAAAUGUCAUAUUAACAACAAAUUUCCUGUAGGCGCAUGUUUACCAUCAAAACAGUUUUUAAGACAAACAAUUUUAUCAUAUUCUCCCUACCAACGAUCUACAUACAGUACCGAUACGACCCUUGGGUUCAGCGCAGAAUCUCCACUAUGAACCGAUUUUAUCGUAGCAUACAUGAAAUACGCGCUUUUCGUGCCAAAACAAAGCUUCAUUUUAACAUUAGUGCGUCAUCGUCGCCUAGGAUUUACGUCACACGGUUUCGCGUCUGAUAGUGUAACUAACUUUUAUGAGAGCACUACAAUCAACCAUAGAGGAAAAUGCAAUAAUUGCUGAAAAGGUAGGCAGGAUUUAACGUGCCAGUGUAGCCCGUAUCAUACGUUUGUUGCCUUAUCGAUCGCCCGAGACAUUGAUCAAUCAGCAGUUGAACGAGUGUGUGGUAUAUAUAUAUAUAUAUAUAUAUAUAUAUAUAUAUACAGAAUGUGUUCGUGUCGAGAAGGGACACAGUUGUUAACGAAAUAGCUUUGAUUACUGAAUACCGACACACGGAUCAACUAACGCUUACUACCGAACGAACAAAUUCUAGAGUGCGUUUCGUCUCUAUUAUCAUCAUCAUUUCAUCACUGAAUAACAACAAGAAGGAUAUUUGUUAGGGGGCAUGUGCCACUAGGUGGGCCGUUGACUCCUCUAAGGAUGUUGCCAGGUCUGGCCAUCAUAGUACGACUACGACUCUUUGCUGUUGCUGCGUGACUAAUGCAAAGGUAAUCUGGUUAGGUCUGUGUAUUCUGCCUGCGUGGCGUGCGCGUUUGGAAAAUAGCAAAUUGUUCAUAUAACGAUAAAUAAAAGAUCAUAAAAGAGACAACUGAAAAGUGUCAGCCAAAUAGGGUACUGGGCCUCUGUGAUAUUGACUCAGUUGUAACACCUAACAGCUCGACGGCCAAAUACGAUCACACUUUCAAGCCUAUAUCUAUACAUGAAAGAUGAACAGUAAUAAUGAUAAUAUCUAUGGUAUAUAUAUAUAUAUAUAUAUAUAUAUAUAUACAUGUGUAGAGAGGUACACAUGCUGGCAUACUUUCAAUGUUGAUGAUGGUUGCGGCAAGUGCUGUUUUUUUUUCUUUUAUUGCCGAUAUCACCAUUGCUACCGUAAGUUUUUUUUUGACAUAAACUAUUUUCCUUGUUAAUGUAAUUUUCCAAUUAUAUCUUUACCGUUGCCAGUGAACCGCACUUAAAUACCAGACUAGGACGUACUCUUUUUCUCCUUACUCGAAAUGGCCGACAUUAACCGACGUGUGUCAAUGGUCCGUCGCGUAAACUUAACUUAUGUAUACAUAUAAUAUAUUUGCGACUCCUUUCGCGCCUCCUGCAAUUUUGGAGCUAUUUAAGGCCUAUUUUUGUAUGAAAUUCUGAAUAUUGUAUUUUAAUUUUGCAUACUAAAUAUAAUUGACUAGUUUUUAGCCGCGAAAAAAAAAAGCUAUAUUAUUAUUAGUCCUUCUUAAUUAUUAAUAGCUUAUUUAAUUUCGUAUAUCAGUGUUAAAAUUAUCAUUGUUAAUAUUGAAGUAUUGAGUUCUGAAUGGAAAGCGGAUGAACGAACGAACAAUCAUAAACGCGUCUUCCUCAAUGUCUCAUACCGAUGUGUGACUUCGAUUUGAAAUUCAGCUCAUGAUAUUUCCGAAUAUUAUUCAUUGAAUGAGAAUAUAUGCACACCAGCUUUGCAUGUCGGUAGUAAUAUAAUUACCAUAUUCGUUAGUUUGGACUUAAUUUUUCUUUGUUUUAUAUGUAAAUAGGUGUAAAUUGCUUUGACAAAUACGGAGAGCAGUAUCUGGAAAGGUGUUUACGUCGCGGUGUUUCUAGCUUCGUCUGUAAAUACUUAUACAUACAAAACGGCCGUGACGUGACAAACACUUCCAGGAAAUGGGAAUGUAACGAAACAAGUUCAAUUGUGCAAACAUUUCACUCGAAAUCGAUAAUAUUUGUUGGUUUAAUCUUUUAUACAUUAUAUUCGUCUUUUGCCAAUCAGCCCCCGAAUAGAAAACUGGUCUUGGACCGCUUUCGGCCUAUUCGAAUUAGCCCGCCCUGUUACAGACGGCGGGAGCGGCAGCCGUUCGAAAUUCUUUAUACGAAAAACGCAGCCCAUCGUUUGAUCGUCGGCCUCUCAUACAAACAUCGAUAGAAAAUCGGAGUAUUUUUGAAGGUCUACAGUUUUUAAAAUGUGCAGCAACAUAAUAACAAUUGUAUGUUCGCGGAUCAACGCCCAUACUUCGAUGUACCAGUUUUAGAAAGGUGAGGAAAUGUUUUAUCGAUCCAUUCAAAAGGGCGGUAGAAAAAAUAAUAGAUUGACUGCGCAGGGGAGCGGGGAGGGGUUAUGACCGGCUUAGCGUCGAAACCAUCGGGUAUUUGCUAGCAGUAAAAAUAAAAGAUCAUGAUUAACACUAAUAAUAGUUGAAAGCAUACCCACAAUUUCGAUAACACGAAUUGUAAUAAAAAACCAACUGCCUCUAUGCAAAUAUAUAUAUAUAUAUAUAUAUAUAUAUAUAUAUAUAUAUAUAUAUACCUAAAACUAUACAUCAAUAAAUGAAUAUACUGAAACGAAAAGGGAUCUUCUCGCAAAUAAUAGUAAUAGUAAUGUCACGAUAAUGUAAACGCUAUUUUUUGAAUGUAUUUUUUAGUGGCGAGAAUUACAUUAUGAUAAUAAUUAUAUACAACGAAUCAAGCA